AUGAGGGUCGCCAUCCGGCGGCUCCCUUGGCAGUCGAUCGACGCUCAUCGUCCUUCGCACCGUCUCAUCUCUUCCGGCAUUCCCUCGUCGCGCUUUUACCCUACUUCAAUAGCUACGCUGUCAACCAGAAGCAAUGCAUGGGCUAGCACAAGUCGGACAAACACUGCACUAGGCGUCAAUGCGCUACACGCCUCGAAAGUGCGAUUCUACCAACACAUGGCCGCGGGUCAGGACAGCAACGGUGCGCCAAAACAACAAACACGCAGCGCCUCGGACAAGAUCAUCGCAGCUGCAGAGACAUCCGCUCCCAGCGCACCGUCGAGCAAGUCCCCCACCUCGACGCAAAAGAAGCAGCCCGACGGAGACGACCCGCUCAACCUCAACGCACGCGAGAAAACCGUCCAAGAGCAACGCAUGGUCGACUGGGCCAUCAUCAAGAAGCUCAUCCAGUACGUUUGGCCCAAAGGCGAUUUCGGUACCAAGCAACGCGUCGUUCUCGCCCUCGCCCUUCUCAUCGGUGGCAAGCUGCUCAAUGUCCAAGUACCCUUCUUCUUCAAGACGAUCGUUGACCGGCUCAACGAGGUGGUCAAUGCGCCGCUCGACAUGACCAACCCCAACACGGUCUGGGUGGUCGCGGGCAGUGCGGUACUCGGAUACGGUCUCGCGCGUGUGGGCGCAGCAGCGUUUUCCGAGUUGCGCAACGCGGUGUUCGCCAACGUCGCUCAGCGCUCGAUCCGUCGAGUCGCAAAAUCGGUCUUCACCCACCUGCUCGCCUUAGAUCUCGGCUGGCAUCUGACCCGUCAGACCGGCGGUCUUACCCGUGCUAUCGACCGUGGAACAAAGGGUAUUUCUUUCCUCCUCACCAGCAUCGUCUUCCACAUCGUCCCCACCGCGCUCGAGAUCACCAUGGUGUGUGGCAUCCUCUCCUACAAAUGCGGUCCAUCCUUCGCCGCCGUAACAGCCGUCACCAUGGCCGCCUACGCAUGGUUCACCAUCCGCACCACCUCCUGGCGAACUCGAUUCCGCAAAGAGGCCAACGCAGCCGACAAUCGCGCCGCUACCACCUCCGUCGAUAGCCUGCUCAACUACGAGGCGGUCAAGUACUUCAACAACGAAGCGCACGAGAUUGCCAAGUAUGACGCGGCGUUGGCGGACUACGAGAAGAGCUCCAUCAAGGUGGCUACGAGUCUGGCGGCGUUGAAUUCGGGUCAGAAUGCGAUUUUCAGUACGAGUUUGACGGUGAUGAUGCUGUUGGCGGCGCAGGGGGUGACGAAUGGGACCAUGACGGUGGGCGAUUUGGUCAUGGUCAACCAGCUCGUUUUCCAGUUGUCCCUUCCGUUGAACUUUUUGGGAACGGUGUAUCGGGAGUUGCGUCAGAGUCUCAUUGAUAUGGAGACCAUGUUCAAUCUGGAGAACGUCAACGUGUCGGUCAAGCAGAACCCCAACGCACCGCCCCUGCGCGUGACAGGUGGGGAGAUUCGGUUCGAGAACGUGACCUUCGGCUACCACCCCGACCGUCCCAUCUUCCGCAACAUCAGCUUUACCGUCCCUGCCGGGCUCAAAACCGCCUUUGUCGGUCCAUCCGGUUGUGGUAAAUCCACCAUCUUCCGUCUCCUCUUCCGGUUCUACGAGCCGCAGUCCGGUAAGAUCUACAUUGACGGUCAGGACAUCACCAAGGUCUCUCUCGACUCGCUCCGACGACAUAUCGGCGUAGUCCCACAAGACACCCCGUUGUUCAACGCAGAUAUUCGACACAACAUCCGCUAUGGUCGACUCGACGCAUCCGAUGCGGACGUCGAACGCGCGGCGAAAGCAGCGAAAGUCGAUCAGAUCGUGGCGAACCUUCCCGAUGGAUACGCCACCAAAGUCGGUGAACGAGGACUCAUGAUCUCGGGUGGUGAGAAACAACGUCUUGCCGUAGCCCGAUUGCUUCUCAAAAACCCCUCGAUCCUCUUUUUCGACGAAGCAACCUCUGCGCUGGAUAGCUAUACCGAAACGGAGUUGAUGCGAAACAUCAAUGCGACGCUCCUCGCGGAGAAACGGACGGCAAUUUUCGUUGCUCACAGACUCAGGACGAUUAGCGAUAGCGAUUUCAUCAUUGUCCUCCAGGCAGGGGGCGUGAGCGAACAGGGCACGCACGAGGAGCUGUUGGAGAGACACGGGCUGUAUUGGGAUCUCUGGCAGGCUCAGUCGACGGUAGGCGUCGGUCAUGGUGCUGGAGCUGGGGAGAAUUUGGACGAUCUGGAGAGGCAGUCCAAGACACCAUGA